AUGAAUCCUAUUUAUGGGGCAUGGCUGUGUGUAUUGCUGCUACCAUAUGCGGCCACUUACAAAAUGUGCCUUUUUGUACCUGGUAUAUCUAACAGUCAGGUUUUAUUUAGUGCACGGGUAGCAGAGACUCUGGCAAAAGCGGGCCAUGAUGUAACGAUGAUUAUGAUAAACUCAAUGGACGACUUCGAGAUGAAUGUGAAAAUUGCGAAAGAGGUCAAAAUUCAUGCGGUGAAUGCGUCGUUCGGCAUGAGCAAGUCCUUCAUUGAUGAACGACAUAGCAAAAUCAUAUACAGGGACAUAGGUGUAUGGGAUCCUGCUUUCCGAGAAAAUAUCAAAAUGGCAACUAGUUUUCUGACGAUGGCUUGCCGAAAGACUGUCGAGAACGAGGAGUUCAUAAAUUGGUUGAUUGAUGAGAAAUUCGAUCUUGCCUUCACUCAUAUGUACGACGUCUGUCCGAUAGGUCUAAUAUACCAUGCAAAGAUCCCUUCGUGGAUUUGGCUCAACAGCGCUGCUCUUAUGGAUUUUGUUGCAUACCACAUGGGAGUACCGUUAAUUCCGAGCUACGUUCCACCUAUUACCCAAGAAAGUUCCGAUCAUAUGAAUUACAAAGAAAGGGCAAAAAGCUUGCUUGGACACAUGCUGACUCCAAUCGUUUGGAGAAAGCUGUUUGCUGACAGAGAAACCGCUAUAUUUCGCGAACUGAUUGACCCUGAAUUUCCGGAUAUAGUGGACAUAGCCAAAAAAUGUCCAUUGGUAAUGGUAAAUUCGAACGAGCUGUAUGACCUUCCUCGGCCUACUCUUGCCAAGAUUGUGAACAUCGGUGGAUUGGGAGUGGAAAGAAAGGAUGCCAAAAAACUUCCAAGAGAGUUCCGGCGAAUAGUGGAUAAUGCGGACGGAGUGAUAGUGUUUUCAUUUGGAUCUGUAGCUGCUGCUCAUCACAUGCCGGACGAGUGGAAGCAUGCUUUUCUUGACGCUUUCAGCCGAUUUCCGAAACACCACUUCAUUUGGAGAUACGACGCAACGGAUCUGCAAGAGAGAUUACCAGCGAAUGUUCAUCAAUUCAAAUGGCUUCCACAAGCAGAUUUGCUUCAAAAUCCAAAAACCAAGGCAUUUAUGUCACAUGGUGGAUACAACAGCCUUCAGGAAGCGAUCUCAGCUGGCGUCCCGAUGAUUACCAUUCCCUUGUUCGGAGAUCAGCCGAAGAAUGCGAAGUUUGCUGAACGACAACAAUUUUCCAUAAAUCUUCGUAAAAGUGACGUCACUGCUGAUAAAAUAGCGGAAGCACUGCAGAAGAUUCUCGAAGAUGAAAGUUACUUGAGCAGAAUCAAGCGGAUAUCGCACAUGGUCGAAAAGAAACCGUUGAGUCCAUCCAAAUUGCUGGUUUCUUGGGCUGAAUUUACGGCUGAAUUCAAAACGCUCGAGAAUCUUGUUCCAGCUGGAAAUAACCUGAACUUUUUUCAGUAUCAUUCCUUGGAUGUUAUUGCGCUUUUCGGUGGCAUUGCUGCUUUGCUACUGUAUAUAUUAUUCAAAAUAUUGAAAAUGCUUGUUGCAAAGCUGCCUUUGUUGUACCGAAAUAGAAAGGAGAAGCAAACAUGA